AUUUCUAUAUUUAAACACAGUAUUCGUCUGCAAUUCCUGGUCUUUUCCAAUCCAAACCAUCCUAAGCUACUUCCCAAAGAAGAAAGCUCACCCAAAUUCCUACACACCUUCCAAUUUCCCUCUUUUUUCACAACAAUCUCAAAUACUGUCGGAAAACAAUAUAUAUAAUGUAACCUUCACUGCUUUUCCUCACCUCAUUGCCACUUCUGCACAAAUUUGGAAAAACAAAGACUAAAAACUAAUAAAAUUUCUUCAUUUUUUGUUUUCAAAAAAUCUCGAUCGUAAUAAUGAAGUCAAGAUUCCCAAUAAAGGAGGAGGAGGUGUUUGGCUCAUCAUCGAACUCAUGGCAGCAUGAUGAGCCGGACUCGGUGGCUCCACGGCCGAUGGAGGGGCUGCAUGAAGCCGGGCCUCCGCCGUUUCUGACCAAGACCUUCGACAUGGUUGAUGACUUCACCACUUCCCACAUCGUUUCUUGGAGCAGAGGCGGCCGUAGCUUUGUUGUGUGGGAUCCAAUCGCCUUCUCCUCUAUGCUUUUGCCUGCUUAUUUCAAGCACAACAAUUUCUCUAGCUUCGUCAGACAGCUCAACACCUAUGGAUUCAAAAAGAUCGAUUCGGAGAAAUGGGAGUUCGCAAAUGAGGAGUUUCUGAGGGGCGAAAAGCAUCUCUUAAAGAACAUCCGGAGAAGAAAGGCUGCGACGGCGGCGGCGCCUCCCCCGCCGCAGUCCGCCGUGGAGCUCGGGCGGUUCGGACAAGACUGCGAGGCGGAACGGUUGAGACGAGACAAGCACGUGUUGAUGAUGGAGCUGCUGAAGCUGAGGCAGCAGCAGCAGAAUAAUAGGUUAUAUCUUCAACAAAUUGAGCAGAGAUUGCAAGGAACAGAGAAGAAGCAGCAGCAGAUGAUGAGAUUCUUGGCCAAGGCAAUGCAGAAUCCUGAUUUUGUGAAUCAGUUGGCGCGGCAGAGGGAGAGGAGGGAGGAUCUCGAAGAGGACGCCUGCAAGAAGCGGCCAAGGCCGAUUGAAGAUGCAGGCACGAGUCGAAACGAUAGUGGGCUGAAUACUGAUGUUAAGGUCGAGUUUGAUGAGGAUUUGUGUGGAUUUCAGAUGUCGGAGCUUGAGGCGCUUGCCCUGCAAAUGCAGCGUUUGGGGAAGGCCAAACCGGGCCAGAGUUCGAAUUUCGAGCAGCUUGCGAGUUAUGAUAGGGAGCUGGACGAGGGAUUCUGGGAAGACUUGCUUAAACAGGGAUUUGAUGAAGGGGAAAAAUUAGUAAAGGAUGAAGAUGCAGAGGAAUAGCAAGGAAUGUAUUUCUUUUUUCUUUUUUUCAAGGAGAGGAAUAGGAAUGUUAUCGCUAAUUAGGUUUCAAAUGUUGGAUGAAUUCCAAGCUAAGAAGUUUAGUUGAAUAAUCGGUUUAAUCGAAUUGAUCUGGAUAAUAUUUUGGGUUUAAUUUGAUUCUCCA